GACAGAGAGAUACAUUCGUUCAACACGCUAUGGAUGUUUAUAGUAGAAUAAAAAAAAAAUGAUUCCCAGCAAAUCAUUCUCAGUGCUGUGCCUUGUAUUAUUUUGUGUGAUGGGAUGUUCCACCUCCAUACCAAGUAUAUAUUGUUACAGUGUUAAUUUGGAAAAUGUGAACUGCACCUGGAAUUGCAUUCACAGUGGUGGAAACUUCACUUUCAGGAGCAAGUUUGAAGGCGAAACACACAGCGGGUGCCCGGCCUAUCAGUACAAGGAUGGGUGUAGUGUUGGCUGCAUCUUUCCUUCUAUUCAGAACAGAUUCACGAGCCUGUACACCACACUGUCUAAUGGGACCGCACUGAGAAAUCAGACACAUGACAUUAGAAAUGAUGUGAAACUUCACCCACCCCAGAAUCUAACAGCGUUGGGCAACAGUUCUGUUGGGGAUAUAUCCCUACAGUGGAACUUUAGUAAACCUGCUCUAGAGAAAUGUGUCGAGAGUAAUGUUGCUUACCGGAAGGACUCAGGGGAAUGGCAGAGCUCAAGUGUGCUUUUACCUGGGAGCACUUCCUACACUUUGGCCAAAGUCUCUCAGACACAAACAUACAUAUUUCGAGUCCGCUGCCGGAUCGCUAGUCAAUGUGCAGAGUCCAAACUAUGGAGUGACUGGAGUACAGCUGUGUCAUGGGGGCCCUUGAAACCCAGCGCUUCAGCAGAAACCCCGGUGCGAAACGUCCUACUUAUGGUGUUUGGGGUUGUGACACUUGCCAUCAUCCUGGUCAUCAUGGUUCGUGUUCUAUUAGAAUGCGAGAGGAUUAAGGUGAUCUUUGUGCCGGUUGUUCCUGACCCAACCCGAAAGCUCAAUGACCUCUUCUAUGAAUUUGGUGGGAAUGUUGAGGGAUGGGUACGCAUCUCUCCAGAACUGAGGGAGGCCUUUGAACCGGACUUCACUGAGGCUACUUGUGCUGUGAGGGAGUCCAAACCAACCGUGUAGACCAGAACUGCAGAACCUCACCAAACCAACCGUGUAGACCAGAACUGCAGAACCUCACCAAACCAACCGUGUAGACCAGAACUGCAGAACCUCACCAAACCAACCGUGUAGACCAGAACUGCAGAACCUCACCAAACCAACCGUGUAGACCAGAACUGCAGAACCUCACCAAACCAACCGUGUAGAGCAGAACUGCAGAACCUCAGCCUGUGUUAACUCAGUGGCAACUAGUUCAAAAACCUGCCAGUAUCAUGUCUGUCAUGGUCCUCACUCUCUGCGGUUCUUUAAAUCUUCACUGUAUGUGUGCAUUGGCUACAUCAAGUAAAGUUUACCCAGAGCUGAAAACAUAGUAUCUAUAUAGUAUUCAUUGCAAAAGCUUGGAACCAGAGAGAGUUGAAGUUACCUUUUAAGAAAUCAAUUAUCCAAUGCUUUGGCCUUACUUGUGUAUAUUACUGUUCAUUCUCAGUAUUAAAAUCCCAUCAAUUUACAUACAUGUAAAGGUUUCCAAGAUAACGUCAAGACCUUUAAGCUGGAAUAGAAGACUAUAUUAGCUGAAUUGUCAAUUUGGGUCUCUCUGGUUUUAAGCAUUUGAUAGGAAUCGUCAAAAUGAUAUCUAUUUUGGUAAAACUGACACAUUUGAAUAAAGCUUACUUUUUAAAAUUGUC